UCAUGAUCCGAGACCACUGCUGAGCUACCCAUAUAAGUCUACAUUGGUCUCGAACAUUCUCUGGACCAUACCGCGGGGUAUAUAUUCAUCGGGAUAUCAUUUGAAGUACUGUGCGUCGAUAUUUCAUUCAGAUCUGAGUAGAAUCAUUGACGCUACAGUGGUUUCUGCAUGUACCCAGUUUGUAUGGCAUUUCCUUGGCGCAGACACAGUAUUACUUUCAUGAAUAUACGCAUGACCAUCUGUACACACGAACUCUGUCGCUCAAUUGUAUUACAUAUACAUUGUUUGGUGCCUCAUGGGUCACAUGCGGCACAGGCUCCCCUUGACCAUAACGAUGGUGGUACUUUCGUUAUUGUCCUUUUCGGCAUAGCAUCAAUUCAUACUCUGACCUUCAACAUCGCCGAAAGUGUAUCGCAAGUGCAGGUGACCUCGUCGAUUCAGACCGUCGCUGCGACGGUCACAGACGUAUACAUCGCUGUGGCUCUGUCGAUCAUCUUUGAUAGCAAGCGGACAGGUUACACUGGAACGGACUCACUCGUGACAAAGCUCGUGGCAUAUGCGCUGCAACGCGGGAUCAUGACAGCCUUGCUUCAGUUCUUGCAGUUUAUCACUCUCCACUUCAGCGGCACCCAGCUCACCUGGACCAUUGUAUACUUUCCAGUUGGCAAGAUUUACACCAAUUCCUUGGUUUCGAUGCUGAACAUGCGUCAUUGGCUUCGAGAGACGAUGGGAGACGAGAUCGAGCUUGGUGUGUCAGGGAGUAGCGACUCGUCAACAUGCUCGGAUCCGCCGUGCAUGCCACGGACAGCGCAAAUCCCCGGCGUAAAGAAGGUGCUCUCGGGCGGGGACUUGCAUUCAGGGAGAGUGCCGAGAAAGAUCAGAGUUGAGACCGAACCUUGCGGACCGCAUCAUCUGUGUUGACCACAGACACAGCGGCUACCACGCCUUUCACUGCGCAUGCCUUGCACUCACGCCCAUCUCGGUAACCAAUGGGUCUCCUAAAUUUCAAUACCUCAGGAGAUACCUGACGGGCUGAGAGUUCCGCGCACAUACAAGCACAUCCACGCCACCCAGACAUUAAUAAUGUACCAGCAACGCAUUCAAGACAUCGGAACUCUUGACGACCGUCGACGGCCCUAACAAACUCAUUUGGGCGCUCUUCCACUGCCCGCGAAGCAA